AUGGGUGAGAUUGUUGACGGAGUUCGUUUGAUGACAACAGUUGUUAAGAAUGUACUCUAUUUUGAACGCAGACCAAAACAAGAGCGAGGACAAAUGGCUAGUAAAGAUGGCUAUUUAUCUGUGUCCAUGGCAGAUCUGCACAACCCACAUCUCAGUUAUCCAAUAGUUAGCCCCAAUCGUUCUGGGAAAUUUUAUCGUGGUGAAUGUAUUCUUAUCAAUCAACGAGAUUUUCACCCUUCAACUAAUCAAUCAAGACGUGAUGGUACAGAUGUUGAUGCUGAUCGUGUUGAGAGAGUUUUCAAGAGCUUAAAUUAUAAAGUAACGCGCAUCCUCAACAUUACAAAAAGCGUACUUCAUCAGACUCUUCUGGAAGCCUCUCAAACAGAUCAUUCAUCAUAUGAUAGUUUUAUUUUUGUCAUGUUAUCACAUGGAGACAAUAAUAUAGUAUAUGCAAAUGAUGGUGAAGUCCUAACAAGUUAUAUUAUGGCUUUUUUUCGUGGUGAUCGGUGUCCUUCCUUGAUUGCAAAACCGAAGUUAUUCUUUUUCCAGGCUUGUCGAGGUGCUGCAUUUGAUAAAGGUGUUUCCACUAUGGUAACAGAUGCAGGUGAAGAUUUAAUUGUGCACAAGUUGCCGAUAGAAGCAGAUAUACUAGUUGCAUACUCCACAGUACCAGGUUUUUUUGCUUGGCGUAACUCCUCUUCAGGCAGUUGGUUUAUUCAAGAACUAUGUAAUGCACUUGAAUCCGAUAUGAAAAGUGCGAAUCAUUCAGAUAUUAUGUCUCUUCUCACAGUAGUUGCCCGUGUAGUAGCCUAUCAAUAUCGAUCGAAUACAGGUCAAAUUGAGACGGAUAAUAUGAAACAAAUGACAAGUAGUGUUAGUACUUUAACACGAUUAUUUUACAUAAAUGGACCACCAUCAUGAAAAAAGCUGAAGGUUCGCAGUAAUUUAAGAAAUAGACUUCAGGAAAAUUAACAUAUCUUUCAUGAAAAAUAAACGCUCGUCUAUACUUUCUAACAAAAUCUAAAAGUUGCACGAUUGUUUUUUAUUCUUAUCACACGCAUAUUCACAUUGGAACUUUUAUUUCUUUAAUGAUUGUAUCUGAAA